AUGUCCGCAGAGCCUGAUCACACCCACGAGAAGAAGAGGGUCAACCUCCAGGAUGCCUCCGGCGCCGAGAAGAAAGAGGAGCUUGAUACCGCGACUGCCAUUCUGAAGAAGAAGAAGAAGCCUAACUCCUUGAUUGUCACCGAUGCCACCAACGAUGACAACUCCGUUAUUGCCCUUUCCAACAACACCAUGGAGACUCUCCAGCUCUUCCGUGGUGACACUGUGUUGGUGAAGGGUAAGAAGCGCAAGGAUACUGUGCUGAUCGUUUUGGCCGAUGAUGACCUCGAUGACGGAAGUGCUCGUAUCAACCGUGUUGUGCGACACAACCUCCGCGUCAAGCACGGCGACAUCAUCACCGUUCACCCUUGCCCCGAUAUCAAAUAUGCCAAGCGCAUUGCUGUCCUUCCCAUUGCCGAUACCAUUGAGGGUCUGACCGGAUCCAUUUUCGAUGUCUUCCUCGCUCCCUACUUCCGCGAAGCCUACCGACCCGUCCGCCAAGGCGACCUAUUCACUGUACGUGGUGGUAUGCGUCAAGUCGAGUUUAAGGUCGUCGAGGUGGACCCCCCAGAGUACGGCAUCGUUGCCCAGGACACAAUCAUCCACUGUGAGGGUGAGCCUAUCCAGCGUGAGGAUGAGGAGGGCAACCUUAACGAGGUUGGAUAUGACGAUAUUGGUGGUUGCCGUAAACAGAUGGCUCAGAUUCGUGAAUUGGUCGAGCUGCCCCUCCGUCACCCUCAACUCUUCCGCAGUCUUGGUGUGAAGCCACCCCGUGGUAUCCUUAUGUACGGUCCUCCUGGUACCGGAAAGACUCUGAUGGCUCGCGCUGUUGCCAACGAGACUGGCAGCUUCUUCUUCCUUAUUAACGGUCCCGAGGUUAUGUCUAAGAUGGCCGGUGAGUCCGAGUCAAACCUGCGUAAGGCCUUCGAGGAGGCCGAGAAGAACUCUCCCGCCAUUAUCUUCAUUGAUGAGAUCGACUCUAUCGCUCCCAAGCGUGAUAAGACCAACGGUGAAGUUGAGCGCCGUGUUGUCUCCCAGCUGUUGACCCUCAUGGACGGUAUGAAGGCUCGCUCUAAUGUCGUCGUCAUGGCUGCUACCAACCGCCCCAACUCCAUCGAUCCUGCUCUUCGUCGUUUCGGUCGUUUCGAUCGUGAGGUCGAUAUCGGUAUUCCCGACCCAACUGGCCGUUUGGAGAUUAUGCAGAUCCACACCAAGAACAUGAAGCUUGGUGACGAUGUCGAUCUCGAGACCAUCGCUGCUGAGACCCACGGUUACGUUGGUUCCGAUCUGGCUUCCCUGUGCUCUGAGGCUGCUAUGCAGCAGAUUCGUGAGAAGAUGGAUCUCAUUGAUCUUGACGAAGACACCAUUGAUGCUGAGGUCCUCGACUCCCUCGGUGUCACCAUGGACAACUUCCGCUACUCCCUUGGCGUUUCCAACCCCUCCGCCCUCCGCGAGGUUGCUGUGGUCGAGGUUCCCAACGUCCGCUGGGAGGAUAUUGGUGGUCUGGAGGAGGUCAAGCGCGAGCUCAUCGAGAGCGUCCAGUACCCUGUGGACCACCCCGAAAUGUUCCAGAAGUUCGGUCUCUCACCUUCUCGUGGUGUUCUGUUCUAUGGUCCUCCUGGUACUGGUAAGACCAUGUUGGCCAAGGCUGUUGCCAACGAGUGUGCCGCCAACUUCAUUUCCAUCAAGGGUCCUGAGUUGCUGAGCAUGUGGUUCGGUGAGUCGGAGAGCAACAUUCGUGACAUCUUCGACAAGGCUCGCGCUGCCGCGCCUUGCGUUGUCUUCCUUGACGAGUUGGACUCUAUUGCCAAGUCCCGUGGUGGCUCCGUUGGCGAUGCUGGCGGUGCUUCUGACCGUGUUGUCAACCAGCUUCUGACCGAGAUGGAUGGUAUGACUUCUAAGAAGAACGUUUUCGUUAUCGGUGCUACCAACCGUCCCGAGCAGCUCGAUGCCGCUCUGGUUCGUCCUGGUCGUCUUGAUACUCUGGUCUACGUUCCCCUGCCCGACCAGGCCUCGCGUGAGGGUAUUCUGAAGGCUCAGCUCCGCAAGACCCCUGUCGCUUCCGAUGUCGAUAUUGCCUUUAUUGCUAGCAAGACCCACGGCUUCUCUGGUGCCGAUCUGGGUUUCGUUACCCAGCGUGCCGUCAAGCUCGCUAUCAAGGAGGCCAUCACUGCUGACAUUGAGCGCACCAAGGCCCGCGAGGCCGCUGGUGAGGAUGUUUCUAUGGAUGAUGGCGAGAUGGAAGUAGAAGACCCCGUCCCCGAGCUCACCAAGGCACACUUCGAGGAGGCCAUGAAGAGCGCGCGACGAUCAGUAUCUGAUGUUGAGAUCCGCCGUUACGAGGCAUUCGCCCAGAGCCUUAAGAACUCUGGGGGUAGCAGCUUCUUCCGCUUCCCCUCUGCUGGGGAGGUCCAGAACAACGACACUUUCGGCGAAGCCGGCAAUGAUGACAGCCUCUACGACUAA